UGCAUAAGAGUAACCGUGAAGUUUAAUUUGUGAUCCCCAUGUAUCACGUGGUCUCUUCUAUAUUUUUUUUUUCAGGAUUAUAGUAAAGACGCUAUUUCUAGAGAAGAGAAUUUUGGCUUAAUUAUUUCUAAAAUAAAAAUUAGCCCCUAUUACUAAAGAUGAGUCAAAACGGAGAUGAUAUUGACAUGAAAGAAGAAACUCUUACACAAGAGGAGGAGGCAGAAGCACAAGCACUCCUUGAUAAUGGAAUCAAUAAAACAGUUGCUAAAGAACUACUAAAUAUUUACAAGACAGGGAAACUUUCACAAUCAGAUCUUGAUGAAAGAGCUAUGGAUGCUCUUAAAGAAUUUUCCACAGAGGAUGCUAUUAAAGUAUUGCGUCAGUUUUGUGAGAGUAACCUUGAACAUGUAGGAAACAAAAGUGCUUUUCUUUGUGGACAAAUGAAAACAUACAGACAUAAAUUAAGAGCAGGAAAUAUGCCUCCACUUGUAAAAGGGCCAGACGAGGCAAAGUUAAAGGAAAUUCUAGAUCGCACUGGCUAUUCUUUGGAUGUCACCACAGGCCAAAGAAAAUAUGGCGGUCCUCCACCUGGAGGUGAUCCCACACCCCCAGGCACUGGCCAUGAGAUUUUUUGUGGGAAAAUCCCAAAAGAUGUGUUUGAGGAUGAACUUAUCCCAUUAUUUGAAAAAUGUGGACAAAUUUGGGACAUGCGACUUAUGAUGGAUCCAUUGACAGGCCUUAACAGAGGCUAUGGCUUUAUAACAUUUUGUGAGAAAGAAGCUGCACAAGAAGCUGUAAAUCAGCUUCAUAACUACGAGAUAAGACCUGGAAAACAAUUAAAGGUCAAUAUCUCCAUUGCAAACGUGAGACUUUUUGUUGGAAACAUACCUAAAAACAAAUCAAGGGAAGAAAUAAAAGAAGAGUUUGGCAAAAGAACAGAUGGUCUUGUUGAUGUUAUUGUUUAUGGAUCUGCUGAUAAUCCUAAGCAAAAAAAUCGUGGCUUUGCUUUUCUUGAAUAUGAAACACACAAGCAGGCUUCAAAUGCUAAGAGAAAGCUACAAGCAGGACAUCCCAAAUUUUGGCAGUGUGAUGUUAUUGUUGAUUGGGCUGAUCCAAUGGAAGAACCUGAUGAUGAAACAAUGUCUAAGGUCAAAGUGUUGUAUGUACGUAAUUUAACCUCUGAUGUUAGUGAAGAGACUCUCAAAGAGAAGUUUGGUGAAUAUGGCAAAGUAGAAAGGGUGAAAAAAAUCAAAGAUUAUGGCUUUAUUCACUAUGAAGAACGAGAUGAUGCUUUAAAAGCUAUGGCUGCCCUAAAUGGAGAAAAAAUUGGUAGCCUAGAGGUUGAUAUUUCUCUUGCUAAGCCCCCAUCUGAGAAUAAGAAAAAAGAGCAACGCAAGCGUGAUCAAGAACGGCGUAUGAUGAGAGCUCAUUAUUUUGGAUUUGAUGAUUAUUGGAUUCCUCCAGUAAGAGGACAUCCUUCAAACAGAGCUGGGUUAAGGCGUCAACCUUAUGCUGAACCUUACUAUGAUGACUAUUAUGGAUAUGAAGAGUUUGACUACUAUGGCUACCCACCUCUUCCUCCAAUGCGUGGUCGUGCCCGUGGAGGCUUGCCCCCUCCGCCUAUCAGAGGUCGUGGUGGGGGCCAAACUGGCCACGCAACAGGAGGACAGGCAACACGAGGGGCGGCCGCUAAAGGCCGAAAUGCUGGACCUGCCCGGGGGGCCUCGCGCGGGGGACGCGGGGCUAGCAACGGAAACAGCCCUUCGGCAGGCUCAUCACCAGUUGCGGCCAGGGGAGGAAAACGAAAAGCAGGUACAGACUUCCAGACUGGGAGCUCGAAGCGACGGAAUACGGACAGUUGGGGCAGCCAACCAAUAGCGCAACAACCGCUAAAGCAAGAUAUGAAGCAGGACAUGUAUGGGACCAUGAGCUAUGAUGGAAAUGAUGAUGCAUGGUAUGAAGAUUCAUAUGGGCAGAAUUGGGGUUGAAACAACUUAGUGAUAAAGAAAAACUUGUGAUAAAUCUUUAAUCCUGCCCAAUAUUGUAAAAUUAACUUGUAACCAAAAGAUGGCUAAAUAUUGGGCUGAAAUUGUAGCCUGGUAAAAAAAAAAAUGACCCAUGUCUAGCGGUCUAGAGAAAAAAAGGGGGGUCACUGGCUUAAGUCUUUGGCCCAGUUUUUUUUUAAAACAAAAAGGCUUCGAAAUUUUUGCUGGGCAUCAGUAGUUGUUUAAAUAAAUGUAUAUUCAUCUUCUCCUGGCCUAAAUAUUGUAUAUAUAUAUUUUUGAUCUUAUAAGCAUAUCCCCCCAAAGAAUUUUCUUUUUCGGCAAAGUCUGAAUUAAAAACUUAUUCGGUCUCCUAUAUAUAAUCUCAUCAUAACCUCAGGCUUAAUAAGCACCAGGCAUGAAUGGAUAAUGCCUUGAUACCGCACCGUGUGGUGUCAGGCACAAGGGUUCCGUUCUACGGCAGCUUAUGCAACAGAUCAGGACCAAUAUUUGGAUCCUGCUAUGCAUGCCACAUUUGCAUACCGUUUAGACCUUAGCAGUGAAUAACAAGCACUAGUUCAGCUAGAUGCUCUGUUGUUUAGGCAGAGUGUCUUUUCAUUAGCAUUCAUUUGAAUAGGAAACAUUUUUUUAGAACAUUUUGUAGCUUUUGUUCAGCCUUAAGAAUUGUUUUAAUCCAGAAUGCCGAAAAAACUAAUUUUAAAACUGUACAAGUAUUUUAACUAUUUGAUUGUUUUGGUGUUUGUAAUGAAAUUGGUGUAAAUUGUCAUGUAGUGAAAUGACAAGUUUUAUUUUAAAUUUGCUUUAAAUUGAAUGGCAAACACUUUCAAAGGUUAGUGGAAUUUCAAAGAAAACAGGCAACACAAAUUGUUUUAUGAUUCCUUCAGCUACCAUCAAUGAAAUGGUAGGUUUUGUUUAGCAUUCCACUAACCAACAUUUUCAUUAAGUCAUUAAAUUUUUUUUUAUGUCACAUGUUCAUGCAUUAAAGUGCAUUUUAUGUA